AUGACGUCUCCCACAGGAAACUCUAGUAUUUCUUUUCCAAGUCAAGCGGACCUCUUCUAUUAUUGCACCACAUCAUCAACCUCGCAAGAAAACCUCGACCUCCAAUAUGCCGCUCCCUCAAGAUCCUCAAUAAAAGUUGGUGUUAUCAUUGUCGGUCAAGUCCAACUACUCGACUUGGCCGCUCUCGACCUUCUCGCCAUGAUUAGCAAAAGUCGAAUCAGCAAAUUCAACCCCACGGCCGCAGCAUUGGACCAAGCCGUGGACGAAAUCGACAUUCGAUAUGUUAGCAUGACGGGAGAAGGCAGUUUUCCCGUUACAGCUGGCUCACGAAUGCCGGUAACGAACUCCUUCACAAACGCCCCCCAAUUCGACAUCCUCCUCAUCCCCGGCACCCCAAACCUAACCUCCCUUCCUCCCCAAGCCUCCUCCUUCCUCACCUCCCAGUGCCUCAACACAAACCUCCUCGCCAUCAUGACCAUCUCCUCAGGUAUCGCCCACCUCGUCCAAGCAGGAAGUCUCCGCGGCACCCGCGUUGCGGCACCGCGCUCCCUGCUACCCUAUCUGCAGCAUAGGUUUCCAGAGACGGAGUGGCAGUAUGCGCCUUGGACGCGGCACGGAAAAGUUUGGAGCUGCAAUUCGCCCGUUUCCGGGCUGGAUAUGAUGGUGGAGUUCAUGAGGGAGUGUUUUUGGGAUCGCCAGGAGGCGCUGGCGUGUGUGGUUGGGGUUGCUGGGGUGGGAAGCUUGUAUGAGUAUAGUCAUUGCGAUUAUUGA